UCCCUUGGUUUGACGUGGUCUUUACGGGACACCCUGUAUAUUAGAUUUAUUAGGAAAUGCCUUUUUGGCGGAAAAAAUUUGCCAUCCAAAUCAUCAAAACAAGUUUAGGGUGAAUUUAUACAGUUUCUAUAAUAUGCCUGUGUGAUCAAAACCAUUUCAUUUCUCUUUCAAAAAAUUCAUAAGAUGUAUUUAUUCCAUUAUAUUCAAAUUUUCAUUACUACGCACGAAAUUAAAUCGAAUUCAUUUUGUGAUAAUAACCAGAAUGAUUUUCUGUGUUGUAGUCAGAUAUUUUUGAUGUAAACUGUGAAAUAUGAAAUCAGUUUCAUCUAUAAAGUUGUAUCCUUUAUUUCUUCCUGAAAUGAAUAAAAAAUGUAUCUCAAUUUUAGGAGAACACGAUUAAUAUUGAGUAUUGUUAUCAAAUAUUUUUAUCUGGUACAUCCAGAUUAAUUGUUUAAUAAAAAUCAUUAUUCUUAACAUUUCCUAACUCACCUCAAUAUGUAUAUUAUUCUCGUUAUUACAUAUUGACACAAACUGAGUGAAGGUGACGAAUAUUUUUCCAAUUCCUGGACACUUUUAAUUAUUAAUAUCAUGCGUAAUUACACAUCAUUCAUUAUUUCAAACGAGAACUGGAAAAAAAAUUAAAAAAACGUGUAUUUCAGCAUUUAUGAUUUCGAGUUAAUUUUAUGAAUUUAUUUUUUCUCACGAAACUCAAAGUGAGGAAAAGGAGUUAUAAAAUUCGAGAGAUCAAAUUUUUGUGAUUUUCAGAGAGGAAAAUUUGUUGAUAGGUGGAAAAGUCGCUAUGAGUACAUAGCUUCUGUACGAAGAUAGUCACAUUGUAUUGUAUUAGCCGUUUAUCCAGGUGAAAGUAGAUACUUAAACGUAUUUAGCGCAUAAUUUUCUACUAGCAAUUGAAGUUCUUAGAUUCGCUCUUCGCUCAAUCAGUGAAGAAAGUACCUAAACGUCGAUAUUCAAGCGAGAUGUGAAUGUCAUAGGCAUCCUCUUCAAGAUCAAUGCACUGUUAUUGUACUUCAACAUCAGUCAAGUACGAACUUUCAUUUGAUGGUAACUCAUAGUUGGAACUCUUGGAAGGUGCAAAUACUUGUCCUUAAUUAAGAGAUGACAUGAAUUUUAGACAAUGCCAUGCCUUAGGAACAAUUAUAACAAAAGCGAAAUGUGUAUUUUCCAUUUCUGUUUACUUAUGGAAUGGGCACAUGAAGGAAAUUGAAAAUUUUUAUUACUUGAAACAACUUUCAAUAUUACGCUAUUGAUAUUGAUACAAUUAUUCAAGAUUACAUAAUUUCCGAUAUUAAAGCGGUUUUCAAACAUUUCUUUAAGGAGAAGUAAAUGAGGUAGUACAAAAGCAAAAAAAAAACUUAAGACCGAAAAUUGAAAUGAUAAUUAACAUCACAAAUCCCUCUCCGAAGCUAUUCGUUGUGAAUAAGUGAGAAAAAUAUUACAUAAUUGAAUAGUAUAUCGAACAUUUCUCUACAUCAUCAAAAUUAAUGAGAUUCAACAGACCCCAAAUGCACAUAGGCCUUUUUGAAUAUUCAAUAGAGUGGUAGGUUGUUCGGCAGGGCAUCCUGUAUUGUUAUUCUGAAAUAAUUCUAUUUUAUGCCGUUGUCACAGUACACAUAAAUCAAAAUAGGCGACAUUUAUCAAUCAAGGGUGAUGACCUCUACAUCCAGUACCAGUUAUUUCAAAUCAUCAACUAGUCAAUGAAUGAUUGAAUCAGAUUAUCCAAGUAGCAAUGAAGUGUUUCUUGCUCUUAACAUUCAUAUUUUUGUUUGCUAUUAAAAGGUUCAAAUGUGCAAAUGACACAUUGGUUAAUAAUGGAAAGACUGUUAUAACAAAACAAAAUGUUACUGCAGGAGAUGCCACAAUUGAUUACAGGAUUUUGAAGAAACCCCAUCAUCUGUUCAUUGGAAGAUGUUUUCCCCACUACGAAGUUUUACACCAGGAACAUAUCGUUGUAAAGAAUGAUGGCAGAAGCCAUGUCAAUGCCAAUAUCAGAAUAAACAUCGAUGGGCCAGUAAAUAUAACAUGUGUAUCAGUUUUAGACGAAAUGGAGGAGGAAAAUGCAUAUCCAAGCUAUGCAGGAGGUGGAGUUGGACAAAACUACGUGGCGUUCAACGUUAAGACACAGUAUGGUCGAGGCUUUCAUUUCUUCGUCCAAAUUUUCGGCAUUUCAACCAUAUAAAUCAUCUCAUUUAUUUUUGUUCCUGAAUAAACUACUGUUCAUGAAA